AAACAAGUUGGGACUUACCUAGUUGGCAAAAUGAUCAACAAGGGCUCCUUUGCCAAGGUGAUGGAGGGGCUGCACGUUCCCACAGGGGAGAAGGUAGCCAUAAAAGUCAUUGACAAGAAAAAAGCCAAGCAGGAUUCCUACAUUUUAAAAAAUAUGAAGCGGGAGCCACGGAUACAUCAGAUGAUUAAGCACCCUAAUGUUGUUCAGCUAUAUGAGACCUUGGAGACUGACAACUCCUAUUACAUGGUGAUGGAACUGUGCCUUGGCGGAGACCUCAUGGACAGAAUCUGUGACAGAAACAGGCUGGCAGAAAGGGAAGUGAGGAGGUACACCAGGCAAAUUCUGUCUGCUGUGGAGUAUCUCCAUUGCCACGGGAUUGUUCACAGGGACCUAAAAAUCGAAAAUUUUCUUCUUGAUGAGAACAACAACAUCAAAAUUGUUGAUUUUGGACUAAGCAAUACUGCAAAGUUUGCGGGUCUCUCUCAGGAACUGUUAAACACACAGUGUGGAAGCCCAGCCUAUGCUGCCCCUGAGCUCCUUGCUCACAGAAAAUACGGCCCAAAGGUGGAUGUCUGGUCCAUAGGUGUUAGCAUGUUUGCUAUGCUAACUGGCACAUUACCUUUCAUAGUGGAACCUUUUAAUAUCAAGCAACUACAUCAAAAGAUGGUAAUUGGAGAAAUCAGCCCUAUUCCAUCAGAUAUCUCCCCUGGAGCUGUAAACUUCAUGCAGUCCUUACUUGAGCCUGAUCCUGCUAAGAGACCUGAAGUGAAAGAAGCAAUGAAAGACACAUGGUUGAACGAAGGCUUCUCCAGGAAGCCACCCUACACUGCUACCUAUAAGAACAGACUUUGCCCCAAUGAAUUAAAUCCCGUUGUUUUAAACUACAUGACAGAAAUAAUGGAGUUCAGUCUUUCCGAAGUUAUCAGAAUUUUAAUAAAUAACAGACCAUCUUCUGUCAUGGCAUCUUACUGCUUAUUGCUGAAGAAACUGCUCAGGUACCACAGAGAACACAGAACAGCCCAGAGGGAAAACAAACUGGAAAAACACAAUGACAAUCCUGAUAAACACCUGAGUAAGGAGUCAGAAAAUCAGAUUUCCCAGAAGGCUGAAAUGAACAACCUGGGAAACCUCAGGAAUUGUGACAAUAAAGCAUUUCCUUCUGUACUAACCCUGGCAAUGCCAGAUGCUAUUCAAGAAGAUGAAAUUGCAAUUACUUUGGAAAAUGAAGAAAACUUGCCGGAAGUUUCCAAGUUUGCAGAUAGAGAGUUGGUUUACCUUGGACCUCCUAAGUCAUCAAGCAAAUGUGUGCCAAGUGAAACCAUUUAUCAGCCCCUUACGCAGUUUCAGGAGAAUGUGAAUGAUUUUGAGGACUUGACUGAGGUCAGAAAAUUAUGUCUUUGGCAGAAAUCACCACCUAUUCUAGCAAACAACCAAGGUCUCUCUUCAAAUCUCCAUGCUAAAUGUUCUGGAAUAGCAUGUACAAGCAAAGUGCCUCCCCAGUCCCUAAUGGAAAAUAGAAUUAUUGCCAGGAGUCCUUUGCCUCAUCACAACAUGAGAUUUAAAGACCUUCUGGAAGCAAUGGAUGACAACAUGUCAGUUCCAGCAUGGUGGCACUCUGGUCAAGAAGACACCAACUUGGUAGUGAUUGACUCUUCACAGCACUCCACUUUGCCCAGGUUACGACCAGCUGCCCCAAAAGAAACCAUUACUAGCAGGAUUUCCAGGCUGGGAACAUCGCAGCAACAUACAACUUAUGGAAACCAUGCAGCCUAA